AUGGCCGAGAACCAACAAGUGGAACGUAUCGGCAGAAAACUUGACAAGAUGGUUCAUAAGAACAACACGGAUGGAGCACUGGACCUGCUAAGGGAGUUGAAGAACAUGACAAUGUCUUUGGAAACGCUUCAGUCCACCAGAGUCGGAAUGUCAGUAAAUGCUGUGAGGAAGCAAAGUUCUGACCAGGAAGUACAGACUCUGGCAAAAACGCUCAUCAAGUCCUGGAAGAAAUUAAUAGAUGGAUCUAAAUCACAGAAAAAUGACGGCUCCCCUGCUAGUAUGACAUCCAAGGACUCGUGCAGUAGUGAGAAAAGAUGCACAACUGCAGUGAAGUCCCCUGCUGCCGCGCCUUCUCUGGUUAUGUCCUUCCCAGCCAUACCCCUCACCACAGACCAUGUUCGGAAUAAAUGUCGAGAGUUGCUGGUGGGUGCCCUGCAAACUGCUGAUGACUACAAGACCUUUGGAGUUGACUGCAGCCUGCUUGCGGCGCAAAUUGAGGAACAGAUCUUUGAGGAUUUCAAGUCAACAGACAUUAAGUACAAAGCACGUCUGCGCAGUCGAAUCUCCAACCUGAAGGACCAGAAAAACCCAGACCUGCGGCGGAACGUCCUGAGUGGAAACAUAUCCACUCGGCGCAUUGCCUCUAUGACUUCUGAGGAGAUGGCGAGUGAAGAACUUAAGAAGAUCAGAGAGACUCUAACCCAGGAGUCCAUUCGGGAGCAUCAGCUUUCCAAAGUGAGCGGGAGCAAAACCGACAUGUUUGUGUGCAAAAAUUGUCGGGGGAAGAACUGCACUUACACACAGGUGCAAACUCGCAGUGCGGAUGAGCCUAUGACCACCUUUGUGGUGUGUAAUGACUGUGGCAAACGAUGGAAGGUUUACCAAGUUGGCAAAAAGGAAGGAAAGAUAACUCCUGAAGGCAAACGAGGCAUGAAGGUGGGCAGUCAAGGAUACCCUCCUUUCAUUGGCUCAUAA